UUGGAAAUUCCAGUCUAGCAACUGGAAAGGGAACGCCCCCUUGUGAAAGUGAGAAUGAUAAAACCAUGAAGUGUGAGGAAGAGAAAUGCAUGACCGGACACACAACAGGAAGAUCUGGUUAGCUUCUCAACAUGAGCGGGCCAGGCUAUUAUGGGUUCGGAGUUGCCGAAAUUCCAAACGAAAGGAGGAUUGUUCUAGUUGGGAAGACCGGAGUGGGAAAGAGCGCCGCAGGAAACACCAUACUGGGAAGGGAAGCGUUUGAUUCCGAGCUGUCUCCAUCCUCCUUGACGUCUGAAUGCCAGAAAGCUAAGGGGGUUGUUGGAGGUCGAAAAGUCGCCGUCAUCGACACUCCAGGGCUGUUUGACACUAAUUUCACCCAAGAAGUGGUGUUGAACAGGAUCAAGAUGUGCAUCUCUUUCGCUGCUCCUGGUCCCCACGCCUUCCUGGUGGUUCUUCAGCUGGACAGGUUCACCCAGGAGGAGCAGGACACCGUCAAGAUGAUUCAGACCACUUUUGGAAACGAUGCAGCCAAAUACACAAUGUUGUUGUUCACACAUGGAGACCAGCUGAGGAACCAAACCAUUGAGGACUUUAUUUCAAAGAGUCCCGAAUUGCUAGCCCUCAUUCAGAAGUGCAACCAUUGGUACCACGUCUUUAACAACGAAAUCAAAGACCCUAAACAAACCGGUCAGCUCCUGGACAAAAUUGACAAGAUGACUAUGGCUAAUGGAGGAAGCUACUACACAAACGAAAUGUUCUUGAGAGCAGAGGAAGCCAUAAUUAAGGAGAAACAGCGACUGCUGAGGGAGCUGGAGGCCAAGAAGCAGAUAGAGCUAGAAGAAUUGAGAUCUCAAUAUAAGGAAAGGGAUUACCGUAGGGAGAUGAAGCGGGUGAAUAGAAGAUAUGAUCAUGAAGCCAGAGCUAUGGCGGAGAAAUCCAAUGGCUUUACCAAAGCUCCGGUAAUGGCUGUGGCAACAACCUGUGGUGCUGCUCUCGGAGGUGUGAUUGGAAUAGCAGGAGGGCCAAUCGGUGUAGUAGUUGGAGUUGCAGCUGGAGCAGCUAUUGGAGCUACCAUCGGUGUCAUUUCUUUGAAGGUUUCAGAGAACUGCCAUAUGCUAUGCUUUAUCUCCAAAGGAUCUCAGAAACGGAAGCAAAGUGAUGAACUCCGAAUCAUUCUGGUGGGGAAGACAGGAGCAGGCAAGAGUGCAGCAGGGAACGUCAUCUUGGGGAGGGAAGCGUUCAAGUCCGAACGCUCUUCUUCCUCCUGGACAUUUCGGUGCGAAAAAGCUGAGGGGGAGGUCGGAGGUCGAAAGGUCACCGUCAUCGACACCCCGGGGCUGUUUGACACCAAGUUAUCCCAAGAGGAAGUGUUGAAGAGGAUCGAGACGUGCAUCUCUCUCUCUGCUCCUGGUCCACACGCCUUCCUGGUGGUUUUGAAGCUGGGCAGGUUCACCCAGGAGGAGCGAGAAACCGUCAAGAUGAUUCGGACCAUUUUUGGUGACGAGGUGGCGAAAUACUCAGUCGUGUUGUUCACACACGGAGACUAUCUAAAGACGCAGACCAUUGAAGGGUUUGUAUCAAAGAGUGAGGAACUCAAGGAGCUCAUUCAGGUAUGCUACGGGAGAUACCACGUCUUCAACAACCAAGACAACGACCGGGCGCAGUGCCAUCAGCUCCUGGAGAAAAUUGUCAGAAUGACACAGGAGAACGGCGGAUCACACUACAUCAAGGAGUUCUUCUACGAAGCAAAACAGGCCUCAACGAUAGAGCAACAAAGACUUUCUCUGGAGCUGACGGCAGAAGAGCAGCAGAGGAGGAAGACCUUGGAGGCUGGUGUUGAGAGAGAAUUUAGUAAAAGGUCCAAGAAACGGAAGAAAUGUCUUCUGCAGUAGGAGACGGAGGUAUUCUGGCUAUUCAGAGACAGCUGGGCUUGGUGAAUAGAUCUAGCUGGACUUUUCUAUCCACUCAAUAAAUGUCAUUUUCUACAAAACUGUAUGCAGCCGGGGAAGCUUUGAUCUAACCACGUCGUCUUUGUAGUCUAUUUAGUGGAGCUGCAUCCACAUUUAUGUUGAGUCAUCUGUUCAAAGUGGGUUUACUCAGGAGUGUGUAGGGGUUGUGUGGUUCCUCCCAUUGCUUUUGUCUUUCAAUGCUACGGAAUGCCAUUGAAGCCCAUAUGAAAUAUAUAGAUAAAUACAUAAAUAAAUAUUCUGUAAAAGUAAUAAUACUGUAUUGACCGCAAUAUUAAUAUUGACAAUAAAGCAUUUUCAAUUCAUGAAAUUCAAUUAAUUCUUAAGUCUACAUAAUAAAAAAAGACUUAAGUACUUAUGUAUAUAUUGCAGAACCGUGUUUUGAUGAGAAUGAAUCCCUG